CUGAGAUUCUCGAUACGUUUACAUUGAUUUGUGAACACUCUUUGACAAUGGACGUCGUGAUCAAAGUACCUGGAGGGAGCACAAUAGAGAAACGCUUGAAUACGGACAUCCUAGUCCGUACAAUAGCUGCAUCAAGACCAUUUAUUUUACCUUCUGAUGAUAGAGGUAUGAACCCUGACAGCUUAGAAAUUCUUCGCCAAAUGCCAAACAAACCGUCGAGUUUACGUCGCAAACCAGCAGUGGGAAGUACCCGUCUCGUACAUACACCUUCAUCAAUAUAUACAUACAGAAUAAUACCACUGCGUGACGAAAAUAUCAACGAUGAAAGUAUCAGUCUUGACAGUGAACACAGCGAUUCGGGCUACAAUCUAAAGCCUAAAAAACUUUACUAUCUUAAAGGCUCGCCUUUAAACUCUAUAUUCGAUUUUAAUCCACAAACGGCGGGAAUUAGCACCAGAAUUAGCACC